CACAAAUGUUUGCAGUUCACAAUUCAUAUCCCAUCACAAAAAUUGAAAGAAUGAAACAUACAACCCCCACUAUCAGUGCAAUGCCGCUUCAGGAUUUCGCGAUAUGUUUAAGUAAUCCGACUCUUAGCAGCCACCCCACCGGACCCCCGUUAGAUAUUCUGCACACCAAACUGUCUAAAGACCAGUGCUCAAAAGGCGGGCUUAAAAGUUGCUACUUGUCGUAUACUUUCCAGCCGACAAGAAUGACACAAGAAGUGAGUGCUUGCUCGUACAGUACGGACAUCCCAAUCAAUGUCCAUGACAUAACCGAUAAUAACGAUGAUGAGUACAGUGGUACAGAUCAACCUAUGUUGACGAUAUUGACUGCUGGCAAUUUACCAGCACCUGCAGACAAACCGGCCAAGACCAGCCGAUCUUCGCUUACAACUUUCUUGAGCAGGAGAUUUAAAAAGUAACGCUAUUAUGUAGUUGUUUGACUGUAAACAACUCUCUUACGUGCGAGAUAUCUGGAGUUUUGUAAGCUCAGAAUUUUUCCUUUAGACUCGUUAAUAAAUUAGUUUUAAAGUAUGUACUAAAUAAAUACAUGGCACAACGCUA